AUGACCAAUAUAAGAGGACACACCAUAGGAUCCUUCACAGGACUUGUCUUACUUCUGUUCUCAGUUUUAGUGACAGGCCAGUCCAUUGAGACCGGGGAGUCACCCCUGAAGUUUGCGCGGUUCGUGAAGCGUCACGGCAGCUCGAGGGCGCUGAUCGGUCACGUUAGGGAAACGCUGACGACGAUCUCCCAGGGUGAAUGUGCACAUCUUUGCCUUUCAGACGAUCUGUGUGUCUCCAUCAACACGCACGCCAUUAACGGGACGUUUCAAUGCGAGUUAAAUAAAGCGGCAGCGUCCGAGGACGGCUCAGACGUGAGCGUUCUUCCCGGGUAUAAUUACUACGAGAAGAUACUUAACAGCGGCUGUGACAAGAUAUCAAGAUGGGUGACCCUGUCUAUGCAGCCCGUGGGGUUCCCGAGGGUAUUCAAAGCCAGAUGCCGCGGCAAGUGGUUGGUCAUUCAAAGCCGCAAGAUCGGAGAUCUCUUCUUCAACAGAACAUGGGCGGAGUAUAACAAAGGAUUCGGAAACCCAGUCCUCGGGGACUACUGGAUCGGAAAUGACAUCAUUUCUUACGUCACCAAUAGCGGAAACUACAGACUUAAGGUUGAACUGACAACUUGGGAUGGCACACAACAUGUGUUUAAGUACACUUCGUUUCGCGUCGGUUCCCCUUCGGAUGGAUAUCGUCUCUUCUUGCAAGAUUUUAAAGGGUUCUGGGGCGUAACUAACUUCACCUCAAACGACUCGAGUUGCCCAUCUGCAGACACGUGUUCCAGCGGGCAGACGUUCUCUACCUGCGACUAUGGCGGCGAGUCGCACUGCGCAUGCGCCAAUGGUGGAGGAUGGUGGUACGGCCCCAACUGCACGGAGCUGGGUCUGAACUCCUGGUAUCCGGGCACUGGGCACUGUGAUAUGAACUCAGGGCAGUAUGAGCGCUGUAUGAAGUACGCUGGGAUGGGAGGAAAGAACUGUGGACUUAAUUGUGUGUUAGAGAAAGUAGAGAUGAUGAUUGCUAAAUAA